CCAGGGAUGUCACUUAAGGCAUUUGUCAAAAUGCUGGAUGAACGAACAGCCCAUUUCGGAAGGAAUGGCCGAAUAUCAGCUGAUGCCUUCAGUAAAAGUUUCUUGGAGUGGAGUGCUGUAAAGUUUGAGGUGGACAGGAUGUGCAAGGAGCCAUGCUUUAGCUGCCCUGCCUGCACUCCAGACAUGCUUGCCGUCUCAGUUGAUGGAAACCGCAAGCUUUAUCGCUUUCAGUCUAAUGCAAGCACUUCAGAGCAGGGGAACUUUGAAGGUGUCUUCAUUGAAAAAGAUGAGGAAGUUGCUGAGUUUGUGAAAUACAUCCAGAGACACACAAAUCAUGUCCCGGGGAAAGGGUUGUGCGGAUCUUCAUCUUGGACUGCAGCAAAGGAGUCGUCCAAAAAGUCCACUGGGAAGUUGGAUGAGGAGGGCAUGGAAAUAGCUGUUUGUCGCCACGGAGUCCUCUUAGCUGCAUUGAACAUGUUUCGAGGGGAGAUCUUUGCUUACCCCCUUUUUCUCCAGAGGAAGUUGGCAGCUAGCAUCCCAGGACAUAUUACGUUCCUUUGCUCCGAUGUGGCCUGUAAAUAUUUCCCCUAUUUAACCAAGGUGGCUCAGCAGUGCCCUGAGCUGAGGAACCUCUUGUCAAUGCGUCCUUUUCUCUCCGUCAUGCAUGCAAAGGCUCACACUUGGAAAUGCGAGAUCAAAUGGGGAGGUGCGUUUCAGGAUGGGGCCGGUUCAACAGUUGGAGAAGAGGUGGAACAAGUAAACAGUUUCCUGUCUAGGGCGGCCAUCACAACGAAGUACAUGUCUAAAGCAGGGCGAACAGACAUGCUGACCCUCCUGGCUUUGGGGUGGAACAAAAGGAAAGUGGAACAACUGGGCCGCACUUUGAGCCAGCGAUAUCUAAAGAUCAUAAGGAUCCUUAGAGAACAAGUGGAGAGCCUGAAUGCGACCAGAAAUGAGCUGGGUGUGGAUGACGACACACUGCAGCAAUGGGUGGCCGAUGUGCAGAAAUGGGCUGAAGAAAGUGAUCAAACUGAUGGCAGCCUUGGAGCGUUGCAGGCACGAGUAGAGGAGCUUGUCGUCAUCAUCAGAGUGCGAACACAAAGUCUUUACAGACAAAAUGAUAGCAACAAGAGGCGACACAGAAUUCGCAAGGUCAUCUUAGUUGAGAAGAAACGCUUGGCGGCUGCUGUUGACGACUACAACAAGCUCGCUGAACCAACAAAGCAAAUCGUAUCCAGUGAUGCCCUCAUGCAGACCGAUAUUUGGCCCUGGCAGAGCACAAGUGAACCUGCUGCUGACCUCCGGACAAAGAGAAAGGUCUUUGAGAAGGUGAUGGCUGUGAGGCGCCUGAGAGAGGAGGAGAUGAUCCUUUGCAGGGAGAUGCGGCAUCACUGGACAGUGUUGCGAAUGCGUUCUGUGGUGUUGGGGACAAUCUCCUCAGACUCCUCCUUUGUUGGCAUGUCGGAGGAUGCACAGAAGGGACUCUGUAGCCUGGUUUUAAAAAAACAAAGUGAACUGAAAGCUGAAAUGCUCAAAGUAAAGGACAUGUACAAGAGAAUCCUCAGCCACCAACCACUCCUGGAAAUGGACUCGGAGGAGGAGGAGGACAUUCCAGACGAUGCCACUGAGAGUGAUUUGAGCACUUCUGAUGAAGACUGAUUGUGUCAUCAUUGAUGUUAUGUUUGGUAAAAUAAAAAGUUAAUCACA